GACUGUAAUGCUAUGGAGUUGGCGAAAGAGCUAGUUUAUCAAAAACGUGUCGUCAUUCCAUCAUAAACACUCAAAAAAGAACUUGGCCAAUAUCCAACCAUCUUGACCGAACAAGCUUGAUCAAUAACCCAUAAAUCUUCGUCUAAAAGUUCUGUGCGUUUCAUGAUCCUCUUCGCUGAGCUGGCUCUAUCGUCUGAUAGUCGUCCGUGGGCAGUUAUCACCUGAUAGUGCCCGAGCGAGGUCUAUCCGCGGUAGACCGGAUACGCUGUGCAUGUCUAAAAAUAGCUUAAGAGGGAUCACCUUGGGAAUAACGCCUAUUUGGGAUUACCCACACCCAGUUGCGUCUUCCUCCUUCAAUAAGUCACUUAACACAAGGUAUUUGUUAUUCUCUCUAGCGGCCACUUCAUCAUGUCCUCUAGGAGCUGGGUCAGAUGUUUAGUGUCUACAACGUUUCUGUGCACUUGCAUGAAAUACCAAGGAAUACUCGGAAAAUGUAACUGCGUUUUCUCUUUGGGCGGCAACACCUACAACAUCUCGUCACUAACAAGUACAAGUGGUGCACGUUUUCAUACAGUUAAAUCGGGAUGGAGCUACAGCUUUAAUCCCUGUGUCUCCUUUAAGAAGGGAUCACCAAGUAAAGGCAACUGCCAAGCUGAUGUUGCGAUUUGUACAUGGGUUUUCAACCAGACGUAUAUCAAAAUAGGGACACAGAGCUCAGAGGAAUGUGGUUACUAUAAGCAUACGAAGAUACCAAAACUGCAGUAUUCCAUGGGUAUAUGGAAAGCUGCUGUGUUACUGAAGUGCAACCCCAACGAAAAAGAAGGAAUCUUUAAAGUACGGGAGGAUAAAUAUCAAGAUGACUAUGAAUUUAUUCUAACGCACCAGUGUGCAUGUGCGAAUUCCUGCCUGUUUAGGCCUGUAACACAUACUACAAAGGAGCCCACAGCCACCACUGAUCCUAAUGACCCGGUUGACGUCACGGUUCCAAUAGUCGCUAGUGUUGCUGGAGUCCUUGGUCUUGUCAUUGUCCCGAUUAUCAUAUGGAGAUUGCUUAAAAGACCACAAAAUAACGAGAGACGACAUCUCUUGGAUCAAGACGAUGGAGACCGUAGAAUCGACGAAAGCGAAAACCAUUUCUCUGCUGGAAGCGAAGCAAGUGAAUUAACUUUGGGAAGGCGUUCUGCAAGUUCAGCAAAUCCUUCGUCAACAUCAGGCUCAUCGUGUAGCGACAUCACAGAGACUAAUAAGAAUAGUUUCAAUAAAAAGAUCAAUAGGAUUGCGGAAGGUCACUGUUAAGCUCAUCAUGAGUCCCAAAAUUCAACAACAACAACAACUUUACUUGUACUCUCAGUUAAAAAUUAAAUGAACAAAAAUAAUUUUAAAAUAAGAAAAGAGUACACGGCUGCCCGAAGUAACCUUAAUGGGCUAUUACGACUGGGCAGCUAUACGGUUCAUGGUGUUACUAAUUAACAAAGACCGAUGUUGAUAGCAGGAGUAAUUUUUAUGAGGAGAUUCAAUGUAAGAAGUUGAAGACGAAAUCAUGUUGAACUAUCAACAAUUAUUUUUGUUGCAUUAACCUCGUUAGGAUGAGGAUUUUAUUAACAAAGAGUCUUACCUAUCCUCUUUUAAUUGUAAAUAGAUUUAAUUAGCUAGCCAAAUUUGACCACGAUACCUUAAAUAUGGACCACUAAAUAAAGUCAAAGUGAAGAGAAUAAACCCUCCCUGUUUAAAAGAGAUAAUGGCUUGUCGGUCAAAGAUACUUAAAAUUGUUUAAAUUCUCUAAAUUUUUUUCCAAUACAGUCGAUAAAAAA